UAACACUUGCGCUUCGCCAGUUUCGGAGAUAAAUUUUCUUGCUUUCGGAGUUCUCUGCAUCGACAAAACGAUGGCCAGCGUCUCGGCCUUCGUCGCUCCCCACUCCAUCGUCAACCCCGCGGCAUCUCGAAGAAAUCCCAGAUGGCUUUUCGGCAUCCGCGCGCAGAGCCUUCAGUUUCAAGCCCGGAAGGAGGUCGUUUCCACCAGCCGCUUGUCGUCGGGCGAGCGAAGUCGGCACCGGAGUCGCUGGACGAGGGUGGUGAGGUCGUCGGAGGAAGAGGAAGUUCCGGUGGCGGAGGCGGUCGCGGAGGCGCAAGUCGAAGAAGAUGCUUCUGCUUCUGAUUCUUCUGCUUCCUCUUCGUCGGCAGCUGAGCAGCAGACGGUCUCGGUCCCGGUCUCGCCCUCCGACACUCUGACCAUGUUCUUUCAGGCAGAGGGUACAAUGAGCGAAGCAGCCAUCCCGGCGGUAACAACUGCAUUGGAGGGAGCUGAGGGCGUUACAACUUUGAAGGUUCAAGUUGUUGAGGGCAUUGCCAGUGUUGAGUUGACGAAACAGACUACAAUACAAGCCACGGGGGUGGCUUCCAGUUUGGUCGAGACCAUACAGGGCGCGGGAUUCAAGUUACAAACAUUGAAUUUGAGCUUCGACGAGGAAGAGGAGGUCCCUGUCUAGAUCUUGGAACUCUGAACCAUUAGGCAUAACUUUCAAGUUCUGCUGAGAUUCUCGGCCCCUGAUGUGCCUCUCGUGAAAUUGAGAUGUGUAGUUGUCGUUUCAAAGUGUUGGAGAAUUCAUAUCUUGAAAGAACUGUUCCUAACACGGCCAAUUACUAUCAUUAUGUGAUUCGCGUACAUUGAUUUUACAAUGGUCAUUGUACCAAGGCGAACUUGACCGUGAUGCA